UAACAAUAUGGAAACUUGACCAAACGUAUUGCUCGCUGCUGUGUUGCCUGCUGAAUGCAUAUCUCAGUGGUUAAAUGUAGCCUAGAACUAGCUCCACCCUCGAUUAUUCAGGAUUCUUUCGUCUGCGGACUAGUCCUGUUACGAGCCUUUAGCAUCUGGAAUAGGACUUUCUCCGUUGUACCUUUUCAUGAAGAAAAAKAAGACAUUGUUCUUUGACUUUCACGCAUGCGAUUAGACUACAGAGAAUACAAGCGCAUGUUUUACAACUUGAAAUGUAUUUUCGGACGAUAWUCUACAGCCCAAUUGCAAAGGACUAAAACUAAAAAAGAGUUUGGUGCUGAAUACAAAGUGAUACGGUGGUCCGAUGGCUCGCUCGCAUGACUAAUUAAUAGUCUAUCAGGACUCGGUCGCGCGCUCCCCUGUUGUUUGUGUUAUGAACUAUGGCGUUUAGGGCAAGAGCCUUGUACGACUUUAGUUCGGAAAAUCUAGGAGAGAUAUCAAUUACUGAGAACGAAGUUGUUACUUUAUACAGCGAACAAGACAUAGAGGGAUGGCUAGAGGGAACAAACAGCAGAGGGGAUACUGGUCUUUUUCCAGCCUCAUACGUGGAGAUUCUCAGAAAUGAAUCAUCUGACAUCUCGUCCAACAAUAAUGGCAUGUCGGCGGAUCAAGGUCAACCCGACUCCCCAUCAAGUGGAUAUGAUUCAUCAUACUAUUCCCAGUCCCACUCUCGUGCUGAGAACAUUAAAGAUCCGACCCACUCCGCUUAUCCUGUGCAAACUCCCCAGCGCCAUGGUUACCAGACCAGUCAAGGUAGUGAUGAUGACUGGGAUGAUGACUGGGAUGACAGCUCUACUGUGGCGGCUGAGCCUGGAACUAAACAUGACAAUGAUAGAACUAGUUCCACAGCAUACACAGUGACUACUUCGUUGCCUGGGAGACGUGACAGUGCCCAAGCCAAAAGUUCAGCAACAAUAGGUAAAAACCUCAACAGGUUCUCAACCUUUGUGAAAUCUGGCGGAGAGGCUUUUGUAUUGGGUGAGGCAGCUGCCUUUGUCAAAGAUGGGGACAAGAUCUGUGUUGUCAUGGGGCAGUAUGGGCCAGAGUGGGAGGAAGACCCAUACCCGUUUGCCUGCUCCAUCGAUGACCCCACCAAACAGACAAAAUUCAAAGGCAUGAAGAGUUACAUGUCAUACAGACUGACUCCGUCCCACACCCAGAGCCAGGUGAAUAGAAGAUACAAGCACUUUGACUGGCUCUACGCUCGACUUGUGGAACGCUUCCCUGUCAUCUCAGUCCCCCAUCUGCCUGAGAAACAGGCCACUGGGCGCUUUGAGCAGGACUUUGUCUCCAAACGCAGAAAAGGUUUGAUAUGGUGGAUGAACCACAUGACGAGCCACCCUGUCCUGGCUAGAUGUGACGUCUUCCAGCACUUCCUCACCUGCCCCAGCACAGACGAGAAGACGUGGAAGAUGGGCAAGAGAAAGGCAGAGAAGGAUGAGUUGACUGGCGCUAACUUCUUCCUAACCAUCUCCACCCCGGCUGUUCCACUGGACCUACAGGAGGUAGAGAACAAGGUCGAUGGGUUUAAAGCCUUUACCAAGAAGAUGGAUGACAACUGCCUAGUGGUGAAUGCCACCAUCAACGAGUUCGCCCGGAAGCAGAUCACCGGCUUUAAGAAAGAGUAUCAGAAAGUGGGUCAGUCUUUCAAACUGCUGGGCCAAGCCUUUGAGAUGGACCAGCAGUCCUAUUCUGUAGGACUGAACCGUGCCAUAGCAUUCACAGGAGAGGCCUACGAGGCUAUAGGAGACUACUUUGCUGAGCAGCCCAGACAGGAUUUGGACCCCAUAUCGGAUCUGCUGGACCUGUACAAGGGACACCUGGCCAACUAUCCUGAUAUCAUCCAUGUUCAGAAAGGUGCCCUUACCAAAGUGAAGGAGUGCCAGAAACAAGAAGGGGAGGGAUCAACCAUCAACGAGCGUUGUAACAUAAUUUCCUGCGCCACACUGGCUGAGAUCCAGCACUUUCACCGUACGCGCGUACGUGACUUCAAGAGCCAGAUGCAACACCACCUCCAGCAGCAGAUCAGCUUCUUCCAGAAGAUCACUGGGAAGCUAGAAGAGGCACUGCAGAAGUACGACGAGGACAUCAUAUAAGGGCCUGGAGAGAUGAGCAUGGAUACAGAGGGAUUGGAAGAGAGGAGGA